AUGGCGUUUACCAAUAUCACACUUCUCUUAGAGGCAGUCGCCGACACACAGGGUAGCGGGAAUAUCAUCUGCUAUCCACCCCAAAACACCACCCAGCCCAAGUCAUACUCCUAUGGCCAGCUUCUGGAGACCGCCCAGCAGGCAUCAUGGGCACUGCGAUGCAGACAAGAAGAAUUCCGUCGAGGCCGGGUGGUCCUCAUCCACUUGGACACCCACUGGGAAAGCAUCGUCUGGUUCUGGGCCGUUACGCUGGCUGGUUGUAUCCCAGCCAUGUCCACCUCGCUGUCUAACAACCUGACAGCGCGCAUAUCGCAUUUGGAGCACCUAAAUACUACCCUGAAGCAUCCCAGCUGUCUGACCACGGCUGCUAAGCUGUCCGAAUUUGGAGGACAAGAUGGUAUCACGCCCAUUGCCGUGGAGUCGCUGGAGAUGGACAACGCCCCGGCCGCAGAGCUGCGCAACGUAUAUCGCGAUGCCCAGCCCGCGGACAUCGCCAUCCUGAUGCUAACCUCUGGCAGCACCAGCCAUGCCAAAGCAGUUAUCCUUACCCAUGGUCAGAUCUUCACGGCACUGGCCAGCAAAUAUAAGGUGGUGCCACUACCGGAUGAGACCUCGUUCUUGAAUUGGGUCCGAUGCGACCACGUUGCGGCCAUCUUGGAAAUCCACUUGCAAGCCCUUUUUGCACACAAAGACCAGGUACAUGUGCAAGCGCCAGAUGUCUUGUCGCAUCCAACCGCCUUUUUGGAUAUUGUUCACCGGCAUCGCGUCUCCCGCACUUUUGCGCCCAACUUCUUCCUCGCUCGCAUACGCGCCGCCCUCGAAGGCCACGGAGACCGCUGCAUCGCAUACGACUGGGAUCUCACAUGUCUGCGGUAUAUCGCCUCGGGUGGUGAGGCAAAUGUAACCAAGACCGGUGCUGCAGUGGCAAAACUCCUUGCUCAGUACGGUGCCCCCGAGACCGUGAUUGCUACAGGCUUUGGUAUGACCGAGACAUGCGGCGGUGCUAUCUACAACUUAGACUUCCCUCGCUACGAUCUUGAACGAGGCCUGGAGUUUGCAUCCACGGGGAAGUGCAUGCCGGGUCUAAGCAUGAGAAUCACCACCGUCGCAGACCAUACCAUCGCGCCGGUUGGGGGCGUGGGCAACCUCGAAUUGACGGGGCCGAUCAUCUUCGAGGGAUACUUCAACAAUCCAGCUGCGAACGAGCAGUCGUUCACUAGCGACGGGUGGUUCCGGACAGGUGACCUGGCUUCCAUUGACGACCAAGGCAAUCUCCACAUGAUGGGCAGGGCUAAAGAAGCCAUGAUCGUGAACGGCGUCAAGUACAGCCCGCAGGAGAUUGAGACUGCGCUAGAUGAGCCAGGCAAAAUCCCUGGUCUAAUCCCAAGCUUCACCUGUUGCUUCUCCUCAUUCCCUGCGGGUGGUGAAACGGAAGUCAUUUGCGUGGUGUACUUGCCAAGCUAUGCCCCCGACGACACUGUGGCGCGAGCUACAGCGGCCGAUGCUAUCUCCAAAAUUGCUAUGAUGUCCACGGGCUCCCGACCACAGGUGUUGCCUCUCGAUAAGUCGCAGCUGCAAAAGUCCGCUCUCGGCAAAUUGUCACGAACCAAGAUCAAAAUGGCGUUCGAGAAGGGCGACUACAAUACCUAUCAAGAGGUUAACUCUCACGCAAUCAAACAACACCGGGCGACAGCCCGUGUUCAUCCUGCGAACGAGCUGGAGCAACGCUUGCUCGAUCUUUUUAUCAAAUCCCUUGAGCUGCCCGAGGAGGAGUUUGACGUACAGUCCUCUCUCUUCGACAUGGGCGUCACAUCGGUGGAGCUCAUCAAGUUAAAGAAGUGCAUUGAAGAGCACCUGAGUUUGUCCCAGGAAAUCCCUAUAAUCACCUUGAUGGUGAAUCCCACUGUGCGCGACCUUGCCAGCGCCCUAGAGGACCAGCAGGGUCAUCAUAAACCAAACGAGUAUAAUCCUGUGGUGACGCUACAGGCACAGGGAGACAAGACACCGCUGUGGCUUGUCCACCCAGGAGUGGGUGAGGUUCUUGUCUUCCUCAACCUGGCGAAAUUCCUGGUGGAUCGCAAGGUCUACGCCUUACGGGCGCGGGGUUUCAACGAAGGCGAACAGCCCUUUAAGACAAUUGAGGAAGUUGUCAGCACAUACCACACCGCGAUCAAGCGAAAGCAGCCGCAUGGACCGUAUGCUCUGGCCGGAUAUUCAUACGGCACGAUGCUGGCCUUCGAGGUGGGCAAAGUGCUGGAGAGCCAAGGGGAUGAGGUGCGCUUUCUGGGCUCCUUCAACCUGCCGCCCCAUAUAAAGGCCCGCAUGCGACAGCUGGACUAUAAGGAGUGCCUGCUUCAUCUCUCUUACUUUUUAGAUCUCAUGACUGAGGAUCGGGCGCGGGAGCUGGCAUUGGAAUUGCAAGGUGCAACUCGGGAAGCAGCCCUCGCCAAGGUCAUGACGGAAGCCAAUCAAGAUCGUCUCGCCGAAUUGGCCCUGUCACCUGAUGCUCUGACGAAAUGGGCGACCCUAGCCUUUGCUCUACAAAGCAUGGCUGUGGACUAUGAUCCCACUAGCUCCAUUGCUUGUAUAGAUGUCUUCUAUUGCAAUCCUCUGGCUGUGGCGGCUUCAUCGAAGGCCCAAUGGCUGAGUGAGCAUUUGAGUCAGUGGAAGAAUUUCUCGCGGUCAUCGCCAAACUUCCACGACGUCGGGGGUGCCCAUUACACUAUGCUAGGGCCAGAACAUGUCUUUGCUUCGAUCACUGCCAUGGUGUAA